AAUUCUGUGGAAUCUUGGUGUGCAUCAUGCCUGGAAUGGAAGGAAACCACCCGAAUGGUCUUAGACUGUCAUUGAGUACUUCAUUUCUGCUGUCCCAUGACCAGUUGCUUUCAAAGCCAGUGGCCUGCUUGAACGUGUUCUUGUGCAUGCUUUCUUGUCUUGUUGUUGGCUACUUCGUGAGCGAUUUUGGGGAUCAGGUUGUUGAUCGCAUCGUGAGUGUUGCACCCAGAUGCAUUACAUUUUGCAGGCGAUAGGAUCCUCGAGUGGCUGGCAUUUAAUGUGUCUGAACUUCUGGCUAACUUCAUAAAGCUACCUCGCUGGCAAGGAUGCGUUCCCCUUGCAGUUAGUAACUGUAGUCAGCGACGCAUUGCCCACUGCAGUGCCGCAGGCGACAAAGCUACGCACGAUUAGGCAGCACCUGUCUUCAGAAGGAUACAGUGUCAUGCUAACGAGCACUUUGGUCGCCAACCAACCGCUAGUAAAGCCGCGAACGCGCGCUGCCUGUCUGCCGCUUGGGCGCAAUAGACUAGCUGGGCAGCACGCUUAUCUAGCAAGGAGCACUGACACCGGGCGUUACAGUAAAGACCAAUGGUUAUCCCCCGUUGGAUGCCGCUCGUGGCCGCGCGUGGAGAACGCAGAACUAGUGGUGGGGGACGCUGUGGCCAUGGUUAAUUUUUGCCUCUAUAAACAGAUCGCCAGCAUCGUGCUCUCCCCCGACUUCCCCGGCUGGCUGGCGCCGCUGCACCUCAACUGGACGCGCUUCGGCGAGUUCUGCGGCCUGACCGCCACCCUGACCGGCACCUGGGUGGCUGCGGGGCUGCUGUUGGGCGCCUACCGCACCGCCGCCACCGCCGACCUGCCCGCAGCACUGCGCGCCGCCUGCUUGACGUGGCUGGCUGCCAUGCCGGUGGCGGCGGCGCAGCUGGUGCUGGCCACGGCGGCGGAGAGCCGCGCGCUUGUGGGCGAUGCGGACUUUGCCAGCGCCGUUCCGCUGGCCGCCUCGGGCCUGGGUGAGCCCUUCGUGAGCGCGUCGGGCGUGCUGGCGCUCAUGAGCCUGUGGCGCUGCGUGUACGCGCUGUUCCUGGACCCCUUCGGACUCAAGGGGCUGGGAUUCCGGCGGGAGCAGUUCAUGCGGGAGCUGUACAGCUUUCGAGAGGCGCUGCUGGUGGUGUGCAUCAUAGCGGGGAUGGGCUCGAUGUCACUGCAGGUGGCCCAGGCCCUGGACACGCUUGCCUCGGCGGGGAGCGGCAUGUGAGCUUGCCUGAGGGCUUCGGAGCUCCGUUUGUGUGACGAGAUGUACGCUGCAUUGUAGUUCGUUUAACACACCAUGCGAUAAUGCCAGCCAGUUUGUGAGCCGCAUAUCUAGCGGUAGUAUAUGGGCUCAAGGCGACAGCGAAGUUGUGUAGUGUUGCGUUUGGGCUGCAGCGCAUUGGCGGAUAAUUCAAGUUGUCGGUUGUAUAAGGUGGCCUGGUUGGUUUCUUCUGGAUCUCGACAUGGCGCGGUAGGGGGUUGCCGGGUGCUACUCUAGCUACCUAAAGGGCGUAACUGACUCGUCAACUUGUCUGCUUUUGGCUCGCUCAUGCAGUCAUGCUCUGUGGUGUUGUAUGCUAACGCCCAACAAACCCUAUCGUACCGCUGCUUGACGCCAACGGGAGCGCUACUCGCUUGAUGUUCCUAAAGAGCAUUACGGUA